CGCCUCUUGUCUCGCUGAGGCUGCUUGACAGCAGAGCAGGGAGGCCCACAAUGUCUUUAAAACGUAAUUCUUUUUGUAUUUAAUUACAAAUAACUGCCUUUUUUCCCUGUCUGCCUGUGUUGGUUUGACGUUUUAUUUCAUUUUGCAUCCGCGGCGAAUCGGAAGGAAAUAGUUAAAUCUAUCGGCUACUGUCUUGCUAUGGGAUUGCUAUGUUUACAUCGUUUGCUUUAUUAAUCCCACAUUGUCUUCAUGUUUAACUUAAAAAAAAAAAUUUUUUUUUAGUCAUUCUUCUGAUGACGCAGUUAGAAUUAAUUGAUGCGACUCGGCCCUUGCACAAAACAGAUAGCUGGCAUAUGUAGGCUAAUGGAAUAGCACGUCAUUCGGAAGUAUAUUUUGUGUAUAUAUAAUAUAUAUAUAUAUAUAUAUAUAAAAUGGUAAAUCAUUUGUAUUUAAUUCCACUUUCUCCUCUCGCGUCGCACCGCUUGGGAUUUAAACUGCCUGCCGAGGGGCGAAGACAAUCUUGACUUGUGUGCUACUUUAUGCCUCCUGGAACUUUUUGACACGAAUACCAGGACACCAGAUCAUCUCUCCCAAAGGAUAUAUACACUUUUUUGUAAACAUUAUUAAUCAACCAUGAAGAACAGAAAUAAAAAGCAAGGGGAUGAAGGAUCUACCCAAAGCAAUGCAUCCAGCAAUUCAGCCUCAGAAGAAUCCAACCGCUCUGCGUCAGAGUCGGGGAGUCAGUCCGAGAGCGAGCAUGGCAGCGAGAGGCGACAUCCCCGCCGCUCGGAGUCCAACAGCUCAUCGGGGUCUGAGAGUCGCUCAGGGAGUGGCAGUGAGUCUGCGGAGUCCAAGAGGCAAGCUAGCGGCGAUCUCAAAGACAAGCCGGUUAAGAAGAAGGAACGCCUAGCUGACGUUAAGAAGAUGUGGGAGGAGCAUCCAGACGUGUACGGAGUCAGAAGGUCCAACCGCAGUAGACAAGAGCCAUCUCGUCUGAACAUCGGCGCUGGGGUAAACAGAAGAAACCGUACAAUCACGACAGGCGUCCUCUGUUUACGACAGAGUUCAGUUCCUAUUGUGGGUAGCAGUGACUCAGAAAGUGAAAGUCCAAAAAGAAAAAGCUCUCGUGUAAAAAAGGAUAUCUGGAAAGAUGAUGAUGACUCAAAUGAUGACGAGGAGGAAGCUUCCGGCAGUACAGACAGUGAGCAGGAAGAGAAAAAAGUUAGAUCCAGAAGACUUCCUGCUAGAAGACCUCAGAUGAAAUCAUCAAACAAAAAACUGUCCCAAAAAGCAAGGAAAUCAAAGAAACAAGAAUCCUCACCUGAGGAAGAGGAUGACGAGGAGGAGGAGGAUGAGGAGGAGGAUGAGGAUGAUGAUGAUGACGAUGACGAAGAUACUCCAAAAAGACAAACUCGUCGAAGAGGGGCGACCAAAGUGAAAAGCUAUAAAGAAGACCAACAUGACUUUGAAACGGACUCUGACGACCUGAUUGAGAUGACGGGCGACGCGUGCGAGGAGCAGCAGGAUGAUGACAGCGAGACCAUCGAGAAAGUCAUGGACACCAGGAUCGGCAAAAAAGGAGCCACGGGUGCUCCCACAACCAUGUACGCUGUGGAGGAAAACGGUGACCCUUGUGAAGGCUUUGACCCCAACAACGACGAAGGGGAAACUCAGUAUCUGGUCAAGUGGAAGGGCUGGUCUUACAUCCACAACACAUGGGAGAGCAUGGACUCGCUAACAGAGCAGAAAGUAAAGGGUUUGAAGAAGCUGGACAACUUCAAAAGGAAAAAUGAGGAGCUCAGUGCAUGGUUGAAGAAGGCAUCUCCUGAGGAUGUGGAGUUCCACAACUGCCAGCUGGAGCUCAUCGCAGACUUGAACAAGCAGUUUCAGUUUGUGGAGCGUGUAAUCGCAACCAAAACAGGAAAAACGCAUGGAUCCUCUGACUUCCCAUCUCACAGUCACAAGACGAUGUCAAACGAGCCCGAGUACCUGUGCAAGUGGAUGGGCCUUCCGUACUCUGAGUGCAGUUGGGAAGACGGGGCGCUGGUUAUGAAGAAGUUUCAGCACUGCAUAGACAGCUUCUUGAACCGCAACUCCAGCAAAACUGUCCCCUCCAAAGACUGCAAGGUGUUGAAACAAAGGCCGAGAUUUGUUGCUCUGAAAAAGCAACCUACGUAUAUUGGAGACGAGAACCUCGAACUGAGAGACUAUCAGCUGGCUGGGCUCAACUGGCUCGCUCACUCCUGGUGCAGGUGCAAUAGCGUCAUCCUGGCAGACGAGAUGGGUCUGGGGAAGACCAUCCAGACCAUCUCUUUCCUGUCCUACAUGUUCCACCAGCAUCAGCUGUACGGGCCCUUCUUAGUGGUGGUGCCCCUGUCCACGCUCACGUCCUGGCAGAGAGAGUUUGACACCUGGGCCCCCGACAUGAAUGUAGUGGUCUACCUCGGUGACGUCAUGAGCAGAAAAACAAUCCGUGACUACGAGUGGGUGAACCACCAAACCAAAAGAAUCCGUUUUAGUGCACUAUUAACUACUUAUGAAAUUCUCCUCAAAGACAAGGGAGUCCUGGGCAACAUCAACUGGGCGUUCCUUGGUGUGGAUGAGGCUCACCGGUUGAAGAAUGACGAUUCCCUCUUGUACAAAACGUUAAUGGAGUUCAGGUCGAAUCACAGGCUCCUUAUUACCGGCACUCCGCUGCAGAAUUCUCUCAAAGAGCUGUGGUCAUUGCUGCACUUUCUCAUGCCUGACAAGUUUAACUCGUGGGAGGAUUUUGAGGACGACCACGGCAAAGGAAGAGAGAACGGCUACCAGAGUCUCCACAAAGUCCUCGAGCCCUUCCUGCUCCGACGUGUCAAAAAAGAUGUGGAGAAAUCACUUCCUGCCAAAGUGGAGCAGAUUCUCCGUGUUGACAUGAGCGCACAGCAGAAACAAUUUUACAAAUGGAUUUUAACACGGAAUUACAAAGCUCUCUCCAAAGGCACUCGAGGCAGCUCCUCAGGCUUCCUGAACAUUGUUAUGGAGCUGAAAAAGUGCUGCAACCACGGCUUCCUCAUCAAGCAGCCUGAUGAGGGAGAGCCCGAGUCACAAGAGGAACACAUGCAGGCUGUUGUUCGCGGCAGCGGGAAACUAGUGCUGCUGGACAAGCUGCUCACCCGGCUCAGGGAGCGAGGCAACAGAGUGCUGAUCUUCUCGCAGAUGGUCAGGAUGUUGGACAUCCUGGCUGAAUACCUUGCCAAGAAACGUUACCCGUUCCAGCGAUUAGAUGGCUCCAUCAAGGGAGAAAUUCGAAAGCAAGCACUGGACCACUUUAAUGCCGAAGGCUCAGAGGACUUCUGCUUUCUCUUGUCCACGAGAGCUGGAGGCUUAGGGAUAAACUUAGCCUCGGCCGACACCGUGGUCAUCUUCGACUCGGACUGGAACCCUCAGAAUGACCUGCAGGCUCAAGCUAGGGCUCAUAGGAUCGGCCAAAAGAAACAGGUGAAUAUAUAUCGACUGGUCACCAAGGGAACAGUUGAGGAAGACAUCAUCGAGAGGGCAAAGAAGAAGAUGGUUUUGGACCAUCUGGUCAUCCAGCGAAUGGACACCACUGGUCGAACUGUACUGGACAGCAACUCUGGCAACACCAAUUCGAACCCAUUUAACAAGGAAGAGCUCACCGCUAUCCUCAAGUUUGGUGCAGAAGAACUCUUUAAAGAGGCAGAAGGAGAAGAGUCUGAACCUCAGGAAAUGGACAUUGACGAGAUCCUGAGGUUGGCGGAAACGAGAGAAAGUGACCAGGGUCAAAAUGCCACUGAUGAACUCCUGUCUCAGUUUAAGGUGGCCAAUUUUUCCAGCAUGGAGGAGAGUGCUCCCGACCUCGAGGAGAAGCCUUCUCGGGAAUGGGAUGACAUCAUCCCCGAGGAGCAACGGCGUAAAGUCGAGGAGGAGGCGGAGAAGCAGCGGGCAAUGGAUCUCUUCAUGCUGCCCAGAAGCAGAAGUUCCAACAAGCGGGCUCAGGCCAAUGACAGCGACAGUGAUGUGGGCUCCAAGCUCAAGCAACACUCGUCCGGCUCUGACAGUGAGACCGACGAUAGCGACGAAGAUAAAAAGCCAAAGAAGAGAGGCCGGCCUCGAGCCCGCAAGAACAACGUGGAGGGUUUCAAUGAUACAGAGAUACGCAGGUUCAUUAAGGCUUACAAGAAGUUUGCAGCUCCACUAGAAAGGUUGGAAGCCAUAGCGCGGGACUCUGAGCUGGUGGACAAGUCGAUCGCAGACCUGAAGAGACUGGGCGAACUCAUUCACACUAGCUGUGUGGCCGCAGUGCAAGAGCACGAGGAAAACCUGAAAGAGAACCCAGUUGAAGCUAAAGGUCCCGGCAAACGGCGAGGAAUCAACAUCAAGAUCUCAGGUGUGCAGGUCAACGCCAAGUCCAUCAUACAGCACGAGGAGGAGUUUGAGCCGUUACACAAAGCCGUGCCGUCCGAUCCAGCCGAGAGGAAUACGUUCAAGCUCACUUGCAGAGUCAAGGUCGCCCACUUCGACGUGGACUGGAAUGUGGAAGAUGACGUUCAGCUCUUACUGGGAAUUUACGAGCACGGAUUCAGCAACUGGGAUCUGAUCAAGACCGAUCCUGACCUCAAGCUGGGUGAAAAGAUCCUCCCUGACGAUCCAGGCAAGAAGCCUCAGGCCAAGCAGCUGCAGGCGAGAGCCGAAUAUCUACUCAAACUGCUCAAAAAGGAACAAGACAGCGCAGAUGUGUCAAAAACAGGGGACGAGGUCAAAGUAAGGAAGAGGAAGCCUCGGGUGAAGAAGGAGAAGGUUGUCAAGGAUGAGCAGGGCAACAACAUCUCCUCCCCGCGCUUGUCCGACAAUCCGUCAGAAGAGGGCGAGCUCAAGGAGGAAGGAGCAGAAAAAUCCCCCGCCAAGAAACGACAGAAGAAGAAGGACAACAAGGAGAACAAAGAAAAGCAAGGAACUCCGAAGAAGGAGAAGGAAGGGGACAAAGAGAAGAAGGCGAACAAAGCCAAAAAAGAGAAGGCGAAAGGAGCCAAAGGGAGGAAAAGUCAAGGACCCGUUCACAUCACGGCAGGCUCUGACCCCGUUCCCAUCGAAGGAAAGGAAGAUGACGAACUGGACCAGGAGACUUUCAGUAUUUGCAAGGAGCGCAUGAGGCCGGUCAAGAAGGCCCUGAAGCAGUUGGAUAAACCGGACGAGGGUUUGUCGGACCAGGACCAGCUCCAGCACACGCGCACGUGCCUGCUGAAGAUCGGAGACCGGAUCACCGAGUGCCUUAAAGCCUACAGCGACCCCGAGCAUGUGAAAACAUGGCGACGAAACCUCUGGAUUUUUGUGUCCAAGUUUACGGAGUUUGGCGCCCGGAAGUUGCACAAGCUCUACAAAAUGGCCCAGAAGAAACGCUCACACGAGGAAGAGAAGGAGCACAAGAAGAAGGACGAGUCCUCUGGUAGAGGAAAAUCUUUCCGGGCGGAUGCUUCGGCGUCCGGUCGAGACGCCGCGGGUCCGCAGUCGGCUUCGUCUCACUCCAUGCAGUCGGCCCCGCACGGACACCACCGAGAUUACAACAAACGACACUUUCCCAAUGAUGACCGGGGGGACUGGCAGCGCAAGUACAACCACCCGGGCAACAGCAACCAGUCGUGGCAGGGCGAGCGUCAUCACCCGUACGACAGCCACCGCUACAAGGACCACUACAGCGACCGGCACGCCCACGGUGACUCUUACCGCAGCUCGGGCGGCUACCGCAACAACAGCUCGCCGCGCAAGAGGCCCUACGACCAGUAUGGCAACGACCGGGACCACCGGGCGCACCGGCCCUACUAUGACAGGCACCAGGACCCCAAAAGAAGGCGUCCAGACGACUUCCACUCCAAUUACCACCACCAGGGACGCGACGGCCCCUCUCAGGACUUCCGCCGGAUGCCAGACCACCGGCCUGGCGCUCCGCCAAGCCAAGACCACUACGGCAGACACUUCUACCUGGACAAACCCCCGCCGCCGGACCCACGCUCCCUGCAGUGUCAGAAGUCGCCACAAGACUCUCUGUCGUCACCGCCGAACCCCAACGCACCGGCCGAACCCGCCUGGAACAACAGGAAGUCAUAAACUUUUGGACCGGACCAGUCAUAAGCUGAGGGCAAGCGGACAGUGUUUCCUUCAAAGACACACGACAACCAUCCUCAACGAAAACUGGAUGCUGUGGAAUGGAUUCUUAGUCCCAUGGACUACUUUCUAAGGGUGAAUUUAGGACACAGUGAACACUUGACUGACCUUAAAGUGCCUGAUGUUUUUUUUUUGUUGUUGUUUGUUUUGUUUUUUUAAACCACAACAAGGAGCAUUUUUGUUAAUUUCUGCGUGUUUAGCUUUAAAUGUCAUCGGACAAUGUGAGUACGAAAGAAUGUGUCAUUGCGUGCACCUUUGUUUUUUGCAGCACUUGUUAGAGAAAAUUGUCGGUAAAUUCCAUGGGAAGUUAAAAUGGUGAACCCCCAAAAAUGAUUAUUGGUGGUUUAUCCCCACUUAUUUAAUAACUUUCUUUUUUUUUUUCUUCCCCAAUACAAUUAUAAUGGCCGUCAAUGAUCUGCAGAUUUUCGCUAUCACUGGGAUCCACUGUAAUUCUCUUAAAUUCUCUGAAAUUUCCCUGAAAGGUUUCCAGACUCAGUGUCAGCGUGGGGGGGUGGGUGGUAGGGGGGGGCGCAUGCUGCCGUUUGAUAUUUUUGUUUUCUGUCAACAACUAAAUCAUUAAUCCAUCUCCUGUACCAAAACAUGCAAAAUAGCCUGUUAUUCAGUUUAAAACACCUGAUUCCCAUGGAAAGUUCCCAAAAAUGGAAAUUUCCAACCCUGGCAUUUGUUGAAAAAUGGUGACCAAGCCUGCAAUCACAGAACAGUAAAUGACUCCACUGCAUUUACUCCAGGGCAGUGUAUAUUAGAAAAAUCUCCGAAAGGCACAACAACAAACACAAAUAUCACAAAAAGUACUGAAAUAAUAAUGAUGAUGAUCUUGUCUCAAUAUCCUCACAAAUGUACUUUUUGGGUUCGUUUAGUUGAACACAAAGCUGUGAUUCUGUUGUAUGAAUGGUAAAACACGGGUUCAUUGUACCUUCUGCCAUCUCAUGGAAGCGCAUUGCAUUGUUUUGCUUGUCACUAUACAUCACUGGUAUAGCUAGAUGAACCAAGAUGCAUUAUUUGUAGUAACUCAAGUAUAAUUUUCGUACCAAUUAAGUAGCUAAUUUCUCACAGCGGUUGGGACUCCUAAGAAAAAUGUUUUUGUCCAAACUACUGAGGAACGCCCCGCCCCCUCUCGUGAAAAAGAAAUGGAAGAAGCAGUAUUUAUUGCAACACUAGGAUGACCCUUUCACUAUUAAUGAUUUAAUGUGUAAUUGUGUGUGCUUCAUGGACUAUCAGCAUCAUUUUAAGGACAUUUACUCCCAGUGCCAAAUGUGCCCCUCCCUUUUGUGUUUCCCUUUUUUCGCGUUUAUCUUGUUUGUGCCUUCUUUGUGUGUGGUAUAUUAUAGUAGUAGUCAUCUGUGCACACGGCUGUGUGAGGGAGGCUUGCCGAUUAGUAUUUAUAUCAAGGGUGAUCCGGAAUAUAUGGUGCGUUUGACCCGGCCUGGCGGCAUGCUCAUCAGGGACAGGUUCAUGGUUCAAAUUUAGGGUUGCAAAAGGAGUGGAAAAUGUACAUGCGAAGUUAAGCUGGAAAUUUUGGGACAUAAUAACCCUAGACAUUGUUUUGUCAUAAGAAGACAGCCAUGCAAAACUAAUACAAUUAACAAGCAUGACAUUUCAACAGAUUUAUUUGUAAGUACAACUUUGUCAAGUUUUAAAUGUCUUAUUGAACAAUCAGUUCUUUCGUUAAAGAACAAAUCAAAUCCAAUCCAUCCAAAAAUUAACAAAAAUGCAACCCCCUCCAUUCAAAAAUACCAACAAAAUCCCAUUAUGCUGAUUAACUAUAUUUUAAGUUUCAUAUUAAGCUUUGUGAAUUUUUGGUUUGUUCCCCUAAAUAUCCACGGAAAGUUUCCAAUGCUGAAAAUUAAGCAUCCCUAUUCGAAUUUGGUGGCAAGAACCCUAGAAUGAGUUUGAUCUGCGAAGGUGAUCCUAAGAUAGGUGACUUCCUGUGUCUUUUGACUUUUUUGUGGGUGUGCUCAUGGCAGACAUGCCUAGCAAAUUUCAUGGGGACUGAAUUUUUUGAAAUAUUAGUAUAAAUAUUAAUCUGUAAAUUUUCACCAAGAUGAAAAUACCUGAUGAGUUUUUGAAAACCCUGAAAACAAAGUAUUUUCAAGUGGGUCUUUGCACUGUUAGAAAAAAAAAAUCCACCAUAAAUGCUCCUAAUAUAUAAGAAACGUGUAUUAAUUACAACAGUCACUUUUUAAAGACAGUAUAGAACGGCUCAAUUACGUGGCAACUGUUGAAGGGACCAUUUAUCUCAGCGUUAAUCAAGUAUUAUGCGUGGUAGAAAUACAAAGAACAAGUGUUUUCUCCUCCUCUUCCUCCUCCACCACGUCAAGCAAGCUCCAGUCCUUGUAUGAUACGUUCUCAAGUCUAAAAUAAUUUAUAUUUGUGACAACAACCACUCUUAAUGAGAAAUGUUCUUCUUGUACAUAUGUUUGGACAUAUGUAAUAAAGUUUGUUACACAAAAAAAGGACUUGAGUUUGAGUCCACUUGUUGUGAUUACACAAUGACUUUUCAAAUAAAGAUGAUUCUGAAAAUGAAAUGAAUGGAAA